AUGGGCCAUCCUGGGAUUUGGAGGUGGACCCUGUUUGUCUGCCUGAGCUGGAUGUUUGUGCAGGCGGCAGCAGAACCGCAGUACCUGGUAGCCGUACCUUCAGAGUUAGAAGCCGGGGCUGAGACCCAAUUCUGUCUGAGUCUCCUGCAGCCCAACGAGCCUCUGCUCAUCACCGUCACGCUGACCUCCGAAGAAGAGGAGACAAUCCUUCUAAAGACAACAUCCAGCGUGGAAUUACAUGAAUGCUAUACGUUCCAGGCUCCUUUAGUGAAGAAUUAUAAACUUCACAAUUUCAAGGUGAAGGUUGAAGGCGAUGAAUUCCUCUCGGAAGAAGUCAGGAUGGUAUGGGUCAAAGACAACGGACAGAUGACGUACGUCCAAACAGAUAAACCGCUCUACCUACCAGGACAAACAGUGCAUUUCAGAGUCUUCACUCUGGACCACAAGUUCAGACCUGCUGAUGAGCUGUACAAUACCAUCGAAAUAAUGGAUUCAAAGCAUAACCGGCUCAGGCAGUGGAUGAACACAACGUCUAAUGGAAAAAUAUUGCAGCUGUCUUACUCCUUGAACUCUGAGGCUUGUGAAGGAUGGAAAGUUCAAGUUGGGAUAGGUGAAAGAAAGAUAUAUCACAUAUUCAAGGUGGAGAAAUAUGUUUUGCCAAAAUUUGAUGUAAAAAUAAAAGCGUCCAAUGAAAUAUGUGUUGGACAGGAGGAAAUCGAAGUGGAAGUCUGUGCAAAAUACACUUAUGCACCCGUGCCAGGAAGUGUUUCGUUUAAGACGUGCCGACCUCUGAAAUCACCGUAACUUGAUAUCACAGAGCCGUGCUACAAGGAGACAAAGAAGACAGAACAGAACGGCUGUGCCAGGUUUAAUUUCGACAUGUCAACUUUCACAAAACUGGAUCCAAAGGCAUUGUUGGAUGAACUGUUAAUCAACGCUGUAGUGAAAGAGGAGGGAACAGGUAUUGAACAAUCACAGGGGACAAUGAGGGAACUUUCUUAUGUGGUUGGAAAGUUGUUCUUUAUUGACACACCCAGGUUUUAUGAUAAAGGAUCAAUUGUGGAAGGAAAAGUUAAAAUGGUUACCUUCAAAAAUGAACCUGUUCCGGACAUGCCGGUCUAUUUGUUGCAUGAUCGGUGGGGGAUACAGAACCUCACGACUGACAGCAAUGGUAUCGCCCCUUUCACACUAAAUAUGACCAACUUUGAGAACAACGUCUUUCUCAAAGCUAGCCUGAAUGAAGACCCAGAGCAAUACAGUCGCUUCAAAGGUCCACACUAUAAGACUGGAAAUCAACAACUUUCCUUGGUGUUGCCGUCUUCUCCUGAUACUAAAUCAUCCAGCUCUCUGAAAGUGAAGACAAAGAACGACCAGCUUCCCUGUGACAAAGAGGACUACUUUUCCAUCCUCUACACUUUUGUGGGAGAUACCCGAAGUGCAGUGGAUGUGAUGUAUCUG